AUGUUCUUACAGCGGACUGCCGCGACGCCCCUGAGGCCGAUGUUGAAUACGCACUUCCGGAUAGGCCUCCUCCAGUCAUUACGGCAGCCAGAAAGACGCCACAUCCACCACCUCCGGCCCGUCCGGCACGCAGUUGUCGCCGGUCAAACGUCUUUCUCUAGUCGCGUCUUCUCCCCCAGCAGACGAGCCUUGUCAUCCUCCCUCGCUUCCCCCUCUUACGACCCGCAACAGCAGCAACGACAGCACCAACAAGCACCACCACCACCACCACCUCCACCAUCGCGCUCCCGCUUCCGCCGUUUCGUCUCGCUCGUCAUCCGCGGCUUCUUCUUUACCACCGUUGGCUAUGUGCUCGUCGUCGGUCACUCCACUCGGCCGCUGUGGAAAGACCUGGACGUGGCCUCGCUGUUCCGGACCACCAACGAUACCGACCCGCUCUCGACGAAGAGGCCGCUCUCUCGUGCCCAUGCGGCCGAGCUGGCCUACCGGCCGGACAGCCCGGAGGCUGCCGCCCUCGAGGCAUACCUGGCGGACCACCCGAUGUGGACCGACGGCCAUGGCCGCGAGCUGAUCCAGGUCUGGCACCUUGGCCGCGGCCUCUGUGGUCAUCCCGGCAUCGUCCAUGGCGGCUUCGUCGCCACCAUGCUCGACGAAGGCCUCGCCCGCUGCUGCUUCAACGCCCUGCCGAUGGGUGUCGGCAUGACCGCCUAUCUCCAUGUCGACUACCGUGCCCCCACGCCGGCCGACGCCUUUGUCGUCCUGCACGCCAAGACUGUCCGUGUCGAGGGCCGCAAGGCUUGGGUUCAGGCCCGCCUCGAAACCCUGCCGCCACCAUCCGAGGACGGCAAGCCCGCGGCUACGCCCGUCGUCUUGGCCGAGGCUGAGGCCCUCUUUGUCGGCUUCCGCGACAAUGGCCUCGGCAAGUUCAUGCGCUCCCUCAACACAUAG